GGCUAGAGCGGCGCGUGGGUUCGCUUGGGUUGACACUAUUAAAACAACUUUAUCUUCACCUACAAUUAACGUCGUGGAAUUCUCAAUUAUUUGAAUAUUCUGCAGUCUCAUACCUUCCAUUUGACACAUAUGGUUUAAUUUCUGAUGAGGAAAAUGUGACGUUUGAGGAGCCAGCCCGGAGAGCGCCACUGUACCCCUGCAAGGAUUUACUACAUCGAACCGCAUCUUUUCAUGCUGGGAAAAAGUUUUUGAUCGUUUUGUUUACGUCGGUUUUCCCCGAUUCGGCGGUGAUUGUUUCUGCGAUUUUUCACAUUGUCCAUGCAAUCGUGCGGAGUGUCGGUGGCCGUCGCUGCUUGCGCUGCUGCUCGGAGUCUCGGCUCAGCUUCUGGUGGUGAUGAGGAAGAGAAAAUGGCGGCGGGAAAAGCGAGUGAAACAGAGGAGGACUUUCCGACACUGACAGCACAGGAGAGGGACAAUUUAGUCGGAAUUGACAGCUCACUGUUUGGAUUUCAGAAGCUUCAUGAAGAUGGCGCCAGAACGAAGGCCCUGUUGCUAAAGGCUGUCCGCUGCUAUGAUUCUCUCAUCCUCAAGGCAGAGGGCAAAGUGGAACCUGAGGUGUUCUGCCAGUUAGGUCAUUUCAACCUCCUUUUGGAGGAUUACCCAAAAGCAUUAUCGGCAUACCAGAGGUACUACAGUUUACAGUCGGACUACUGGAAGAAUGCUGCCUUUCUGUACGGCCUGGGAAUGGUUUACUUCCACUAUAAUGCCUUUCAGUGGGCGAUCAAAGCAUUCCAGGAGGUGUUGUAUAUAGACCCGGGGUUCUCUCGGGCCAAGGAAAUCCACCUUCGUCUGGGUCUCAUGUUUAAGGUCAACACAGACUAUGAGUCAAGCCUAAAGCAUUUUCAGCUGGCUUUGAUUGACUCCAACCCCUGCACUUUGUCCAAAGCUGAAAUUCAAUUUCACAUUGCUCAUCUGUAUGAGAUUCAGAAGAGACACCGGUCAGCAAAAGAGGCUUAUGAAAGUCUACUGCAGACGGAAGACCUUCCUGCACAGGUGAAGGCCACAACCCUGCAGCAGCUUGGCUGGAUGCAUCACACGGUGGAGCAGCUCGGAGACCGAGCUGGCAGGGACAGCUAUGCCAUCCAGUGUUUGCAGAAGUCUCUGGAGGCUGAUCCCAACUCUGGACAGUCCUGGUACUUCCUUGGCAGGUGCUACUCCAGUAUCGGGAAAGUCCAAGACGCUUUCAUCUCUUACCGCCAAUCAAUUGACAAAUCAGAAGCUAGUGCUGACACCUGGUGCUCGAUCGGGGUGUUGUACCAGCAGCAAAACCAGCCCAUGGAUGCAUUGCAAGCCUACAUCUGUGCAGUGCAGCUGGACCACAGUCAUGCAGCGGCCUGGAUGGACCUCGGCACACUUUAUGAGUCUUGCAACCAACCGCAUGACGCCAUCAAGUGCUAUAUCAAUGCCACUCGCAGCAAGGGCUGCACCAACACCACGGCGCUCACUCACCGCAUCAAAUGUCUGCAGGCUCAGUUGAGUAACCCCCAGCUCAGUAGCCUUCAGAGUAAAAGUAAAAUGCUUCCUCUAAUUGAGGAAGCAUGGAGUCUACCAAUCCCAGCCGAGCUAACCUCCAGGCAGGGAGGCCUGAGCGGUGCACCUCAGCAGGCAUCCAAGCCCAACCACAAUGCAGAGGGUGGCAGUUCGGGGCAGACCUUGCCACCUCAUGUUGCGUCGCUUGGCCAGGCAGACGACCAAUCUUGCCCAGCCAAACGGAGGAGAGCCUCAGGUCCUGCUAAGGGGGAUUCUUGGGCCAAUAGUCCAGCACCACAGCCAGUGCCCACCUGGUACCUGUCCCCCCAGAAAUUACAGUUGCUGGAACAGUUGAGGGGCAACCGGGCCAGUUUGAAAACUCCACAGCUCCAGAUGUUAGAGCAGCUGGAGGCCCAGCUCGCUAUGAUGCAGCAGCACCAGCAGCAGAUGCGUCAGAAUCCGGCAGGAACUCAGAUGCGACCUUCUCUCCCCAACGGCCCCACCACCAAUUCGCUUCCUUCCCCUAAUCCUAGCCUUAACCCUAUAAGGCCCUUCCUUGGACCUCACAGGCUACCCUGCCCAUCUCAACCUCUAUCUAAUGGUCCACUAGGCCCUGGGACACACGGACACUCAGAAACACACCUUGUGGGUGAGAGUAACAGUAGUAAUAAUCAGCCAGGGUCCACAGCCACAGGGCCCAACAGUGAUGUGCCUUACCUGCAACCCGCCGGCAGCGGCGACGCAGCAUUGCUACCUCACACCUGCACAAGCUCGCAAACACAGGAUGCCAUGCCACGCCAGGCCCUGGACCAAAACUCCUCUCAGGGGCUUCAGAAAGGGUCUGUUCCACAUGUGACGGGCUCCAGCAGUGAGGGAACACCCUCUCAAUCCCAGCUCACCAACUCCGUCGCUUCCUUGCAUGCCAACAAUCAGGUUGGACAUUCCCGAAAUGCGACGUCACCACAGCCGCUGCCAGCUCACAACCACCUCCCAUCGCCCCCAUCCAUCGCCCACUCCUCUACCUCAGGUGGAGCAGCACCUGGUGCAUCCACUACCAAAGAUGGCAACGCUGCUGCCCCCCUCGUCAUGACAUCCACGUCCCUUGGCAACGGGGGUUUGGAAGGAAAGACGCCGUCGCCACAACCAUUAGUUGACGACAAAGCGGCGCAGGGAGAUGACCUGGCCAAUCACGUUAACUCAGGUGACGGUGGCAAGGUGGCAGAGAGCAGUGAGAAGCCAAGCCUUAGCGCUGACAAUCCUAGACUGUCUGCCCUGCUGGCAGGGCAAAAGGGUCCUGAAGGUGGUGAGGAAAAGACAGAAUCUCCCACUACUGCACCCGCAACUACUAAUUCAGAGCCCCAUAAGAAAAUAAACAACAUACAUCCUGCUGCUUUGCCCUCCACCCCACACGCACAGGGUAGCUCCACAGCGUCAUCGCCUAUUUCAGCUAUGUCUACAGCCACCCCCUCGCCCAAAUCCUCUGAACACAUCCCAGCAGGCGCCCAAAGUCCUGCCCCAACCACAUCUGCAGCACUAACUGUGAAUGGUAAUGGCAAGGGUGGUAUCUCAGAAGACUCCCAAAGCCCACUGAAGACGGACCCACCCGUGGUCUGCAGCUUAAAAGCAACGCCGCCACACGCCCAUUGUUCUUCGUCUUCAUCAUCUUCAUCUUCGGUUUCCAUCUACCCAAGUUCCACUGACGUCCUGAAGGCCUGUAGAAAUUUGGGGAAAAAUGGUCUCUCCAAUAGUAGUAUCCUUCUUGAUAAGUGCCCCCCGCCAAGAUUACCCCCUCCGCCUUCACCAGCCUUGCCCAAAGAUAAACUCAACCCUCCCACGCCCAGCAUCUAUCUGGAGAACAAGAGGGAUGCCUUCUUUCCACCACUACAUCAGUUCUGCACAAACCCUUCCAACCCUGUCACUGUCAUCCGAGGACUGGCUGGAGCACUGAAACUUGACCUAGGCUUGUUCUCCACGAAAACACUGGUGGAGGCGAACCCCGAACACCUGGUGGAAGUGUGGACACAGCUUUCUCAGCCUGCGGAUGAGAAUUGGGACCCGGCCGGCACAAAGAAAAUGUGGCGCUGUGAGAGCACCAGGGCCCACACCACCAUCGCCAAAUAUGCCCAGUACCAAGCAGCUUCCUUUCAAGAAUCGCUGCGGGAGGAGAAUGAGAAGAAAGCACUCAAGGAGCCUGCUGACACAGAGCAAGCAUCAGCUGAGAGUGCUGCACGCAGACGAAGAGGUCCCUUAAAGCACAUUAAGUUUGGUACCAACAUCGACGUGUCUGACGAAAGGAAGUGGAAGCAGCAACUUCAAGAGCUCAGCAAACUUCCUGCUUUUGCUCGUGUUGUGUCUGCGGGCAACCUGCUCAGCCAUGUGGGUCACACCAUCCUGGGCAUGAACACGGUCCAGCUUUACAUGAAGGUCCCUGGGAGCAGGAUACCUGGACAUCAGGAGCACAAUAACUUCUGUGCCGUCAACAUCAAUAUCGGACCUGGAGACUGUGAAUGGUUUGCUGUUCCAGAGCACUACUGGGGGGUGAUGAGCAACUUCUGUGAGAAGAACAACAUCAACUUCCUGAUGGGCUCGUGGUGGCCAAACCUGGAGGACCUGUAUGAGGCCGAUGUUCCCGUGUAUCGGUUCAUCCAACGACCUGGUGAUCUUGUGUGGCUCAACACCGGCACCGUCCACUGGGUUCAGGCCAUCGGAUGGUGCAACAACAUCGCCUGGAAUGUCGGACCACUUACAGCCCACCAGUACAAGCUUGCUGUGGAACGCUAUGAGUGGAACAAGCUCCAAAGUGUUAAGUCCAUGGUCCCCAUGGUACACCUGUCCUGGAAUAUGGCCCGCAACCUCAAAGUGUCAGAUCACAAGCUGUUUGAGAUGAUCAAGUACUGCUUGCUUCGCACGCUGAAACAGUGCCAGACUGUGAAGGAGUCUCUGGUGGCAGCUGGCAAGGAAACAGUCCUACGUCCGAGAACAAGAGAUGAAUCUGCCCAUUACUGCUCCAUCUGCGAGGUGGAGGUGUUCAACCUGCUUUUUGUGCGCCGUGAGCUUCUGUCCAAAAAGCAGUACGUGGUGCACUGCCAGGACUGUGCCAGGAAAGGCAGCGCUGCACUGGAUGACUUUGUGGUGCUCGAGCAGCACCGGAUGGAGGACCUCAUGCACAUUUACGACCAGUUCACAUUAGCUCCGCCCAUUCACUCAUCUUCAUCUUGACAUUAGGCGACGCCUUCUGGUCACCCCAUGGAAUAAUUAAUGCCAUCCACAGAGCCCUCCUGUGUGGUUAAACACAGACUAUUUCUGAUAUUCAGGAAAGCCGAGGCCGUCUCCCUUAUGGCUGGUCUCCAUGGCGACGGCUGGAGGCUUGGCCGGCCGACUGCGUCUGUCUAUGCAACCUGUUUUUGAGUGCUUGGCCCUUCCAGAAGGAGGCGCUACUGAGCUCACAAGCAGGACUGUCACUCCCUCCUCCUGACUGUCCACUUAAAGACAAUGGUUUGGUCCGGUUCUGACGGAGGACGUAAUCAAAAAUGGUCGGGAAUGUUUCUUUUUUUUUUGUUGCUGUUGUUGUUGUUUUGUAGAUACUCGUCACAGCCGGCGACACCCGUAAAUACUACUGACUUGAUGACCUUCCUCCUCCUCAUCCUCCUCUUUCCUGGUAUCGGGAUGCUUCAACUUUGAUUUCUAGAGUUCCCAGUAUUCCUCCGAUUAAAGAGCACUAACUGGUCCUUUUCUAUGGUAGGUAGUCAUUUGAGUACUGUUCGGACUACAAAAUAUCCCCAAAAAAAUUUGUAAUGUGAAGAGUUUAGGUGAAAUCCUUUUCUUUGUUUCUUCUUACAGCUUUUCCCUUUUUUUCAGAAACUUUAUUUUAAUAGGAAAAAAAAGGAAAAUGUAUGAUUAAAAAAAAUAAAUAAAUAAAAAACCUAGCCAAGUCACAAAGAAAAUGGGUUGCACAUAGACUUACGGAAUAAGGUUUCAUUUGUGAUUUUUUUUUUUUUGUUAUGUUUCUAAUCUUGAUGUAAAUUUACACUAUUUAUAAAUACAUAUUUAUUGCUUGGAAAUAUUUGUGGAUGGAAUGCUGUUAUUUUUUCCAGAGUACCUGCCAUUAAAUUUGAAGGAGUUUUGUCAUUUUAACACGACUCCUCGUACAUUUUCUAUAUAUAAAUAAAAAUUGCUUAGCAAGCAUUGUACAUAAACAGACAUUUAAAAGUGUUUUAUUGUUUGAAGAAUGUUUUAUGAGUCAAUAAACACAAAAAUUGUCAAAUAAUGUAACUUUUUUUUUUUUCAUCAUUACAACACACACUCUUCUGACGCUGUUGAGUGAGGCCUGAAACCCAGCAGACAAUGUAGCUGUAGACUGACACACAGGAUUCUACACUGUAUGCCAGGUCCAGACUUGACACACAAAUUUCCUUGAAGUCGUGGCACGUCCCAAAAGUCAGUGUGGAGCAGGAUUAUUACCAUAAACCAUGUGAAUUAUUUUUC